AUGACUUGGCUUUCCUGUUUAGGAAACACACACGACUUUUUAAAGGGACAGUGGCUUGUGAUGACAGUUCCCCAAGUGCCCGCUGUCCUUCUUCACCGAAUUGAACAGGAACUGGACGCGGAGGAAAGGGAAACUAUGCAGUAUUUGUGCCGAGAUCUUGUUCCUGACGUACCUGCAGCAGAGACCCGGAAACUCUUCGUGGCUUUGAACGAGAGGGAGAUACUGACGCUCAGCACUUUGUCUGAACUCCUGUACAGACUGAAGAGAUUUGACUUGCUGAGGAAAGUCCUAGGGACUGGGAAGGCAGCCGUGGAAGCCAAUUUGUCUCAGUUUCCCCCGUUGAUACCAAAGUACAGGUGAGUUCAGUGCAUCGAUUUCCUCCGCGGCUAGUGAUUUAAGAUAACCACAUUCACUUGCUUGUUUCAUAUUUAUUUAUUUAUUUAUAAUAAUUUUUAUUAAUUUUAACAUAUGAAUUAUAAUACAUACCACAAAACUUCACCACUUAUACAAUCUUUUUAUGAACUCCCAUCAGCACCUCUGAUGAUCCCCCGUUUUAACCACUUCUUAGGCAUUUCUUAAAUUCAUAUUGCCUUUAAUUAUCUUAACUAAUUAUCCUCCCCUUCAUCCAUUUUUGCAAUAGUUCCAAUAAUUCACCUCACAAAACUUCUUGCAAACCUACAAACGUAGUUUGAUCGUCACUAUUACUUUUCAAAUAGUCUGUAAAUUUACACCAGUCUUCUGUGAAUUUCUGGUCCCGCAGAUUUCGAAUCCUUCCUGUUAGUUUGUCUAAUUCUGCAUAGUCCAUUAAUUUCAUCCUCCAUUCUUCUUUCGUUGGUAAUUCUUCUUGCUUCCAUUUUUGUGCUAUUCUUGCUGCCGUCAUUGCACAUAAAAACAGCUUACAUCUUUUCUAUUUAUAUCACUUCUUACCAUGCCCAGUAAAAAUGCUUCUGGUUUCUUUAUGAAUGUAUAUUUCAACAUUUUUUUCAUCUCAUUAUAUAUCAUUUCCCAGAAGCUUUUCACUUUUUUACAUUCCCACCACAUGUGAUAAAAUGUUCCUUCUUUUUCUUUACAUUUCCAACAUUUGUUGCUAACUUGGUAUAUUUUAGCUAAUUUAACAGGUGUAAUAUACCAUCUAUAAAUCAUUUUCAUCACAUUUUUUUUGGCUGUUUCAUAUUUAAACAUCAAGAAAGAUCAGAUGGCAGUAUUUUGGUAGGGCUUCAGCAUAUAUUUUGCAGUACUGUAUUCUUUCCUCUUCUCUCUCCAGGGGAAAACAUCCAGAUUAAAUCAAGAUAGUAAAUCAGAUCAACUCCAUGCUUUCCAACUCCCAUGUGGGCUUGAAAUGCAAAGAAGGGGCAAAUGGGUUCUGUCCCCAUGUUCAGUGUCAUCCACCACAACCCCCGCCCAAUGCAUGCCAGGAAACAAACCACAAAACAGGAUUCAGAUAACCUGACUCGCUAGACUCUGGCUUAUGUCAGCAGCGCUGCAGCAGGAACGAUUCAGGAGCUUUUGAGCAAUGUGCCUUGGUUUGUUUCAAACUACAGUGGUACCUCAGGUUACAUACGCUUCAGGUUACAGACUCCGCUAACCCAGAAAUAGUGCUUCAGGUUAAGAACUGCUUCAGGAUGAGAACAGAAAUUGUGCUCCGGUGGUGCGGUGGCAGCAGGAGGCCCCAUUAGCUAAAGUGGUGCUUCAGGUUAAGAACAGUUUCAGGUUAAGAACGGACCUCCGGAACGAAUUAAGCACUUAACCCAAGGUACCACUGUAUAGUUUUAAUGUGUUGUGUAAACCAGACCGCUGAGAGGGGGAAAGAAUGCCUUCUGCUGGGUCAAGGACAAUAAUAAUAAUAAUAAUAAUAAUAAUAAUAAUAAUAAUAAUAUAUUUAUACCCCGCCCAUCUGGCUGGGUUUCCCCAGCCACUCUGGGCGGCUUCCAACAGAACACCAAAAUACAAUAACCUAUUAAACAUUAAAAGCUUCCCUAAACAGGGCUGCCUUCAGAUGUCUUCUAAAAGUCUGGUAGUUGUUUUUCUCUUUGACAUCUGGUGGGAGGGCGUUCCACAGGGUGGGCGCCACAACUGAGAAGGCCCUCUGCCUGGUUCCCUGUAACUUGGCUUCUCGCAGUGAAGGAACUGCCAGAAGGCCCUUGGUGCUGGACCUCAGUGUCCGGGCAGAACGAUGGGGGUGGAGACGCUCCUUCAGGUAUACUGGAACGAGGCUGUUUAGGGCUUUAAAGGUCAGCACCAACACUUUGAAUUGUGCUCGGAAACAUACUGGGAGCCAAUGUAGGCUCUGUAUUGUGUACACGAGCCUUCGUCAGACUGGAUAGCAGCUUCCAUCAGCCCCAGCCAUCAUGGCUACUAGAGAUGAUGGGAUUUGGAGUUUUAAAACAACCAACUUGGGGGAAGUGGCUGGUCCAUGCCGACCAGAAGUGGCUUUUCAGAUAGAAGCCUGUUCCAACUCUAGCUGGAGAUGCCAGGGACUGGACUUGUACAUGCAGAUAUAUGACUUCUUUCUCAGUCCCCCUUUUCAUCUUUCUCGGUGUCUCCCACGCAGCAUUAAAUGAGCAGCACAUUGUCCUCCUUCAUUAUUUAUUUUUUAAAAGUGCAAGGCUGAGAAGGACUCAGUUUUUCAGGGGCUCACCUGCCUGAAUCGCUGACCUGGACUUUGCCGUGCCUCCUGUUUUGUGUCAAUGCAGAUACAGGAUAGGGCAACUUCCUUCAGAGGUGAGAGAUUUUGCUACAAGUCUGCAUUGGCAGUGAUGGAACGCUCCUGUCAUAUUCAGUGCAUAAAUACAGCAGAAAUCCACUCUCAGAAUGGGUACCCUGGACUGACAACAGCCUAUAUUCAUUCAUUCCUUGCAAUUCACAGUGCAGUCCUGUGCAUUUUUUCCCUCGGAAAUAAGUUGUCCAGUUGUGUCCUUCUACUCUCAGAAGGUAGUUUCCUCCAGAUGAGCUUUCCAUGAACAGAAAGGGGAAGACGGGUGAUUUUUUAGCAAACUUCCCCUUUUUCCUGCAACUUCCUACACUGUUUCAAAGGAUCAAGAGUAGCUCAGGAGAGGAGAGAAAACCAACCAAACCACUCUCCUCCAAUUCCAUUCACUGCAUCCAAGAGACUUCCAUGAGUGAAGGAUCAUAACCCAUUGUGUUUAAUUCCCCUAGUUAAAUGUUUUUGGGACAGCAGGUGGAGAAUGAUUGUUCCAGUCCACGAGCAUAAAUACUGUAGUGUAAAAAAGCAGGGUUUGUUUGUGUGUGCUUAAAAAAUCGGUUCAGGAAGGAAUUGUGUGUGGUAUGGGAAGUACUGACUGACCCAAUCAUUAAGAGAAAUGGGAUUAUGAAUUAAUUUCAAAUGGCAACUCUCUGUGUUUGUGCGCAGGGCGCUAAUGGCAGAAAUCAGCAAGGAACUGGAUGAAGAAGAUCUGCGUUCCUUUAUGUUCCUCAUGAUGAACGAUACAUCCUAUGGGAAGACAGCAAAAGAGAAGGUUUGUUACCUCUUUCUGAAAUCCUGGAGCUUCACAAAACUGUGAAGCUGUUAAGCUUAAAGGCCUCCUUUGUGUGAAAAGCCGCGUGCUUCCUUUUAAUGGAAAGAGAACAGAUACUCGGAGGGAAGGAAGUUUGAGGGGGGGAAACCCUGAGCGUUGUUUCCCAAACUUGAGUCUCCAUCUGUUUUUGGACUACAGUUACCAUCACCCCUGACCACUGGUCCUGCUAGCUAGGGAUGAUGGGAGUUGUAGUCCACAAACAGCUGGAGACCCAAGUUUGGGAAACCCUAAACCAGAGGAUAGCUCAGUGUGGCCCUCCAGGCCUCUUCCUGGCCCUUGGCCCUGUCAUCAGUCCUACUGCACAUUGCCCUCAAGUGGUUUUGCUGGUGUGCAGUGCUGGGUUGCAACUGUGAUAAUGCCUCUUGCUUGGCUGAUGAAGAGACGUCGCUGUGUCAAAAACCUUCUGACUUUUGCACAGCUGGAAUGUAGAGUUCUUUGCCAACGUAAAAGUUCCAAUUUCCAAUUAAACUUUUUAUUUGUGAAUGGCAUCAUUCGGAAGGAGAACAAAAAGGAAAACAACAACAAUAACCAUAAAAAUCAUCUGGCACAGACAUACAAUAAAACCACGGUCACGGCUACUAAAAUUAUUUGUUGCAUAUAGAAUAGAAUAGCAGAAGAUUCUCGGGUAAGAUGUGGCAAAUUAAAUAUCCGAAUCCCUUUUGCAGUUGACUUCUAUCUUGUCUAGUUCCUUCCUCCUGAUCUUCUUAGCUGCCGGCGCAUAGAGUGCUACUUUAUAAGUAACAAAGUCGUCGGCAUUGCUCAGCAGCCAUUUCACCCUGUCCACCCUAUUCAAAUGUGUUCCAUUCGUAAACGGGUUUUAUAAUUUGGUCUCUUGGGUCUAUAUAUAACAGGCACUGCAAUAAAUAAUGGCACGGGUCCUCGACGCAGGGUUGUCAACACAGACAGAGUCUCUCUCCGUAAUGUACUUUGCCGUACCGUCCGUCCAACACUGCCGAGGGCAUCGAUUGGAAUCGUAGUUCUGUAAAAGUGGUUCUUAGUUCUGUAAAAGCGGCAACUGGGAGCUUUGUCAGAUAUCUGACUCGGGCAUGCUCUGUUUUGAUAAGUAGAAACCAUGGUGAGCUCUUGCCAACGUAAGAGUUGCAGCUGUUGCUCUGCCUAGUCCCAUCCACCAUUGGCAAUGUGGCCCUUGGACUGAAUAAGUUUUUCUACUUUGGUGAUCAGGGCAGAAUGAAUAAACGCAGUGGAACGGAAAAAUCAGGAUAGAAAGCAAAGGGGCUGGUAUUAUAAUGCCCUUUCAAAUGUGUGGGUGGAAGAAUCAUCAUCAAUCUUUAUUACGGUCCAGAGACCCAACAAAUUGUUACAAAGCAAUGCACAAUUCAUACAGCCUACCUCCAGGUUAAACAAGCAUUUUGUUCGGAAUAUAGGGAUCAUUGGUUCUUGCAACCACUGAGAAAAACUUUGCCACUGCUAAUGUUCUAGCAUUUGUCCGGUCUUCCAAUAGGAACCUGACAUAGUGAGCCUCUGAUUUUCCCGGGAAAGGUACCAGCAAGGCUAGUAUCAGUUCAGCCUUGGCUUGCUCAUAUUUUGCACAGUGCAACAAAAUAUGUUUUAUGGAAUCGAUGUCUUGAGCACACGAGCAAAGUCUGUCCUGGUAGGGAACUCCUCUCAACCUGCCAUCCAACACUGCAGAAGGAAAGACGUUUAGUCUGGCUUUGGUGAAUAGCCUUCGGUAGUUUGGUACUGUCAGGUUUUUAAUGUAAGAUGUUAACUUAAAAAUAUGCCCAUAUUGUACUCCUACUGCCAGCGGACUACAGACUGCGUGUGAUCGAGAUCGCAAGCCACUGUGUGCAUUAUCCCAUAAUCUUUGCUUUAACGUCUUUAGGGUGCCUUCAUAACCCAGGUAAUACAGUUGGGGGGGGGGUGACAGACCAAUAGAGGUGGCUUUUUUAGCCACGGUGGAAGAAUCUAUUCCCACAAAAGUCAAAUACAUUAACGGGUUUGAUCGGACAUUGCUGUAAACAGCUUUUGGCUUGGCUUGUCCCAAAGGCAGCAAAGCCCAUCAUGUUAAAUUCAGCAGAGAGCAUCGUUCUAUCAUUCAAACCGGGUACCAAAUCCAGACAGCAAAGGGCAAUGUGGAAAGGCAUUGGGUGGCUGCCUUGUCAACUCAUGAGUUAUUUUUUUUGCCUUCUUGGAAUUUCACAAAAAAAUGUAAGCACCUUUUCAUAGGCAUUCCAUGUAAUAACACACUUCUGAAAAAACAACCCUGAUUUGCUUGUUUCUAAAGCUGGUCUUCAGUUGGGUGUUUUCUCUGCUACAUGCUCUGAGGAAUUGGAGCAGAGCAAAUUCAAACUCUAAAUGACUGAGUAGAGAAAAGAAAGAAGUUGUCUGUUCCUCUUUCUCUUUCUCUUUUCAUCCGCCCCCCACCCAAGGGUGCUGUUAAUUGUGCAGUUGUUCCUGCAUUGGAAUUUUGAAAGUAUUGAUCUGUGUCUCACAAGGGGAAUAUCAGUAAUUACAUUAGUUAGAAUUAUGUCCCGUAUGUAUAUGAGACAUGUCUUAGAUAUGAGUCAAGAGUUCUGUAGCUGACUGAGCAGGGGAGAGAAAUGCAAAUCAUUCAUCUGAGAACUUACUUUGGUGGGUCUUGCAAGAGCUUCAGACUCUCUUUCAGCUCUCAAUGUGAUAGCUAACAACACUUCGGCAACCCGUUCUCCCACCCAAAAGUUUAUUUGAUGAGGGCCCUUUUUGAUCCAGUAGAUUAAGGGAACCUUGGGCCCAGGGCUGAAUGUGGCCCUCCAAGCUUCCAUAUCUGGUCCUUGAGACUCUUUCACAUGCCACACCCCUUACUGGUCUUUCACCACAAAGUCCUUGAGCACUUUUGCUGUGCUGGAAUAUGUCAUUUAACUCCUGUCUAAAAUGUAUGAUUAUUUGCUGGAAUGGGACACUAAGGAUGAGUUAAUAAAAGAAGUCAUGGUAAAGCGGGCGGUGGACUUUGGUCACAACAUUGAAUAUGAUAAAUGGGUUAAAUUAUGGAACGAAGGUAUGAAAUUUACAGCGUGCUCCACCUUAAGAGAAAAUUUAGGGGAAAUGAUGUACCGGUGGUAUAUUACCCCGGUCAAAUUGGCAAAAAUGUAUAAAUUGAGCGAUAAAGCCUGUUGGAAAUGUAAAUUAAAAGAUGGGGAUUUAUACCUCAUGUGGUGGGAGUGUGAAAAGAUGAAAAAGUUCUGGGACUUAAUAUAUAAUGAACUGAAGAAACUUUUUAAGUAUACAUUCCUGAAAAAACCGGAGGCUUUUCUAUUAGGGAUAAUAGGGAAGGAAGUAAAAAAGGAGGAUCAUAAAUUAUUCCAAUAUGCUACAGUAGCAGCUAGGAUCCUCGUGGCUCAAAAGUGGAAAUCACCGGAGACUCCAACGGUAAUGGAAUGGCAGGCCAAAUUUUUUGAGUAUACAGAAUUAGCUAAAAUGACUUAUAAAAUCCUAGACCAAAAAGGGACAAAGUUUGAAGAAGAGUGGGGUAAAUUUGUUGCAUACAUAAGAAUUAACUGUAGAAGUUUAAAAACUAUAGCAGGGUUAACAUAAAUCCUGUGAUGUGUAUAGAAGGUGAAUAAGAAUCUGCGAGAGAAGAUAUAUAUUAAAAAAACCGAAGCAAGGAAGGAAGGAAGUCUGGGCGUGAAUGUACGCAGUGUAAAUAAGAUGACAUAAUAUGAUGACUGUAAAAUAUUGUUUUAUUUUUGUUUGUGGAAAACUCAAUAAAAAGCAUUAAAAAAACCAAAAAAAAACCCCCACUUAUCUUGUUUGCUUGGGGUGUGUGAAUAUUUGUAGAAACUAGCUUACUGUAAAUACUGAACUGUGCUCCCUUACUGAACAAAUGAAUGUGGCCCCUGGAAAGCUGUCCAGAAAGCCAAGUAGCCUUUGAACUGAAAAUGUUUCCCCACCCGUGCAGUAAAUAAAAGUCUAGGGCUUUCCAUAUAAGUUGCAGGCUCAAACUCUGCUCAGCAGUAAACUCACAGUGUUGGCAGCUUUGCGUCAUGCCACCGUGUCUUGGACUCAGUUCCUCAUCUGUAAAAUGGGAAAUAUCAACUUUGCAGUGUUUUCAGAUGGGCGGAGUAAUAUUUUGCGCUUACUCGCAAGGUAGCCUGUGUAGGAAACGCUAGUGCCAGUGUUGGUUGUACACAUCAACCAAAAAGAAAAAGAAAAAAUAUUUGUGGCCUCUGAAAUAUUAAAAUAAAGCAUAUUGUUUCCCAUUUUGUUUCUCUGGCCUCCUUGCAAGUUGGAUGUAUACUGCUUGGUCUGCUGUUUUAUACAUUUGUUCCAAUUCUCUUACAGACUUUCCUGACAAUUAUAACUGACCUUGAGAACCUAGACCUGGUGUCUCCUAGCCGCCUAGAUUUUCUGGAAGAUUGCUUCUUGCACAUGCGCAGGAGAGACUUGGUGAAGAGGAUACAGAAGUUCAAGCAGGAAGGUAAGGCUCUGAAAUAAUAUUAACGUUGAAUAGAGUAUUUAAGAGAAAUUGAACAUGACAUUCUUGGUAGGAGCUGUAGCUCAGUGGUUGAGCUCUUGCUUUGUGUGGAAAAGCGUCUCACUUGGGUAUUCCCAAGCAGGCAUUCGAACAACAACAAUCCCUUGCAAAGAAUCCUGGGUAGUUUAGCGCACAGAGCUACACUCCAUACCUGCCAAGGCUGUUUCCCAGCCAAUGGAAUGACCAUGACAGAGAGUUAACUCUUUAUUAUUAUUAUUAUUAUUUAUACCCCGCCCAUCUGGCUUGGUUUCCCCAGCCGCUCUGGGCGGCUUCCAACAAAAUAUUAAAAAUACAAUAAAACACCAGACAUUAAAAACUUCCCUAAACAGGGCUGCCUUCAGAUGUCUUCUAAAAGUCAGAUACUUGUUUAUUUCCUUGACAUCUGAUGGGAGGGCAUUCCACAGGGUGGGCGCCACUACCGAGAAGGCCCUCUGCCUGGUUCCCUGUAACCUCACCUCACAGUGAGAAAAUCACCAGAAGGCCCUCGGAGCUGGACCUCACUCUCCAGGCUGAACGAUGAGUGUUACUAUUGUCAAUGAGUAACACAGUCGCCUCUACAGCUCUGGAUACCUAACCACACCAAUGUAGCAUUGCGGCAGCUACUCCCAGGCCUGCAACUGGGAACCACUCCCCCUUCACCAGUUUAUGUACCUUCCGACAGGCUGUGUGCAUGUUUCCGAAGACUACGCCUGCAUAGAAUUUGCCGCUGCUCUCCUCACUUCACGUCUCUCCUGAUUCUGGGAGACAGUGGUGCAGGAGAGGGUGGGAAAGCACCCAACCCUUCUCUCACCUAGCCUGCCUCUUCCUCCUCUUCUUCCAGCUCUGAAGCUUCCCUUGCCUCUGAUUCUUGCCUCCAGGCUCAUACAGGUCACCACAAAGCACAGCCACUCUCUUCCAAGUCAGACUCCAUCUUCCUUUCCCCUGGUGUACACUUGUUCUGCCAGUCCCUGACACCACCACUGUUAGCAGUUCCCAGGAUUAUUGAGGAGAGAGGUGCUGUUUAAAUGUAAGGCCUACUGAUUUUCUCAGUUACUGCCCUCCAAAUCUACCACCAGGGAGGGCACUCAUAUGAUUAACACAGGGUUCAAUUUGGGAGAGGCAUUCUGAGUAUUGUGAGUCCAGCAUAGUGUUGUUUACCAGUUCAGAAGUGGGGAAGCAACGAAGGGCACUUUGUUGCUUGUUGUUUAGUCGUGUCCGACUCUUUGCGACCCCAUGGACCAGAGCACGCCAGGCACUCCUGUCUUCCACUGCCUCCCGCAAUUUGGUCAAACUCAUGCUGGUAGCUUCGAGAACACUGUCCAACCAUCUCGUCCUCUGUCGUCCCCUUCUCCUUGUGCCCUCCAUCUUUCCCAACAUCAGGGUCUUUUCCAGGAAGCCUUCUCUUCUCAUGAGGUGGCCAAAGUAUUGGAGUGUCAGCUUCAGGAUCUGUCCUUCCAGUGAGCACUCAGGGCUGAUUUCCUUAAGGAUGGAUACGUUUGAUCUUCUUGCAGUCCAUGGGACUCUCAAGAGUCUCCUCCAGCACCAUAAUUCAAAAGCAUCAAUUCUUCGGGGAUCAGCCUUCUUUGUGGUCCAGCUCUCACUUCCAUAAAUCACUACUGGGAAAACCAUAGCUUUAACUAUACGGACCUUUGUCGACAAGGUGAUGCUUUUCAAGAUGCUGUCUAGGUUUGGAAGGGCACUUUAUUUAUUCCUGUAACGCAAGGUUUUCCCUGAUUGUGCCAAACCUGAGCAUUUUACAUUUUAUGUAAAGGGUGCAAGGACCCCCAGUUCUGUAAAGGGAAGACGGGUGUUUUUCCUCCUCUCCUUCUGGGAAGAGGGUGGGGGCACAGUUUUAGAAGCAUGUGCUAGUAUACUGUUUGUUCACGAUAGGCCAUGGCCCAGGGCCAUGAAUGACCCAGUCUUAAAAUGUGUUUACUCAGAGUUAAGUCCCAAUGAGUUUUAAGUUCCACGCUUAAAAGUGUUAAGAGACAAAGGACAACUGGAUUAUAGGGAACCAUUGCAAUUAGAGUGCAGAUUCAGUACUAAUCAUUUGAUGAUUAUGGAGCAAAAUAGAAAUUACCCUAUUUUUCGCCCUAUAGGACGCACUUUUUCCCCUCCAAAAAUGAAGGGGAAAUGUGUGUGUGUCCUAUGGGGCGAAUGCAGGCUUUGCUGAAGCCUGGAGAGCAUGAGGGGUCGGAGCGCACUGACCCCUCUCGCUCUCCAGGCUUCGCGCAGCUCUUCGCAAGCCGUGGGAGCCCGUGCCGGGCUCCCGCGGCUCGCGGAGAGUUGCCUGUUCUGGGGGCUGGGGUCGGGGAAAGCUCGGGCUUCCCCCGUCCCAGCCCCGCGCCUGGGGGGGAAAUAAAUCCCCCCCCCAAAAAAACUAGGUGCGCCUUAUGUGAUGGUGCGUCCUAUAGGGCGAAAAAUACGGUAACUGCAAGGACGUACCACGAAGGAUUUGUGCUUUGUUACAGUGAACGGUAAAAAAAUUAAAUCAAGCAAUGGACGGGGCUGGAGUAGAAAGUUACGCUGCUAGGGAAUUAUGACUGUUUAUAUCAUUUGUGAGAGCCGGUGUUCCAUUUUCAUCUCCAGAGCAUCCCAUUGGCACUUCGUCUGUAUGUGCUAACAGACUUCAGGCAUCAUUUCCUGAGCUGUCUAUUGCUGAUCCUCCGGCGGUAAGUGUGAAUGAACCCAAUGCACUGAAAUGGUUGUCCAGUCAUGCUUUUAGGAGAAAGGAUGGUGCAAUACCAAGAGAACAUAAGAAAGCAUGGUUUAGUGACUGAAUCGACAAGUUUGCUGGUCCUUUUAAAAAUUGGAUUUGGCACAACGUAGCACUUUUAACAGGGACGCAGGUGGUGCUGUGGGUUAAACCACAGAGCCUAGGACUUGCUGAUCAGAAGGUCGGCAGUUUUUACAUGAGUAGAAUGUGCCCUUUUAUUUAAAAUGCAUACCUGGGUUAUUUGUGGGGCAUAGAAAUUCGUUCAUCCCCCCCCCCAAAUAUAGACCGGCCCCCCACAAGUUCUGAGGGACAGUGGACCCGCCCCCUGCUGAAAAAGUUUGCUGACCCCUAAGCUCUAAAAUAGGAAGGGGAACCUGAGGAACUUUACCCAGGUAUUGUCAUAAUACUUGCCUUCUUAUAUUGUCUCUCCCUUUCCUAAUAAUUUCCAUUGUGGAAUUUUCAACAUGAAGUGAAAUGUGAUUAGUUUCUGGUUUCAUUCGCAGGUUGGGAAUCAAGGCAGGCUGUCAAAUGGAGAAUGUGCCUUUCAGGGUAAGUAAGACCUGUUAAUCUUUAGUAGCCUUGUGCUGCAAUCCUAUACCCACUGACUUGGAAGUGAGCCCCAUUGAGCUCAGUGAGCCUUAUUUCGUGAGUAGACAUGUAUAGGGCGGAGCUGUUCGGACUGUCAGUCCAGAAGUGUAGUUUUGUUAAUAAAACAUCCAACAUUCUUUUGAGUGCUGGGAAAGAUGGAUCAAAGGUUUUGAACUGAGAUCUUCCAUAUCCAAACCCGACGCUCUAACCACUGUACUUCGGUGCCUGUCUUAUGCUCGGGCAUCUGGGUCUCUUUAUGCAGGAAUAUGCACCAAAAUCCCCCUAUUUGUUUUAAUAUGUUGUUAACAGUCAUAUUUCAACAGCCACAGAUCUUGAACACACUUCUGGAUCCCAUAUGCUUCCCCAAGGACAUUCUUUUUUAAAUCAAAUUGACAUUAAAUAGCUUUGUGAGUUUCCCUGUAUCGGGGGGGGAAAAUUAUGUCUCAGGUUUUACAAUUUUUAAUAUGUGCUGUAAGCAGCCCAGAGCGGCUGGAGAAACCCAGCCAGAUGGGUGGGGUAUAAUAAUAAUAAUAAUAAUAAUAAUAAUAAUAAUAUUUUGACCAGAUGAAAAGUUAUAAUGCUGGGGUAGAUGAUGGUGAAGUUUUUGGCCAGGUGAAAUGUACCAUCAGGGUUUGGCAACACAGUGUCCUCAAGGUUUUGGUAGACUCCAACUCUCAUCAUCCCCCGCUGGCAUAGCCAAUGUUCAGGGAUGAUGGGAAUUGUAACUCAACCAUUUCUGAAGGUCACCCAUUUUCCUAUCCCUGCGAUAAUGUCACAGCUGUUUAUGUGUGUAUGUGUCUUUAUGUGUUGUUGUUCUUUUAAAAAAAUAAACAUGACUUUGUAGGAAAAUACAGAUCUUCCAUAAAUACAGUGGUACCUCUGGAUGCGAACGGGAUCCGUUCCAGAGCCCCGUUCGCAUCCUGAAGCGAACGUAAGACGCGACUGCGCAAGUCGCGUUUCGCCGCUUCCGCGUAUGUGCGUGACGUCAUUUUGAGCGCGCUCCGUUACUUCCGGGUUGCCACGGAGCACAACCUGAAAAUAUUUAAGCUGAAGCAUAUUCAUCCCGAGGUAUGACUGUAACAACAUUGAAUUUUGUAUUUGCAGCAGCAAAGGUUAACAUAUCAAUACCAGAAACAGGAGGAGCUGAAGCACAGGUAUCGUAUAAUAUGUGGGCCCUUGUGUCUUUCCUAGUUACCAUUCGCAUCCAUUUCUUUCAGUGCAGAAAGUGAUGUAAUUUUAGAAAGUACAGUGGUACCUCGGGUUAAGUACUUAAUUCGUUCCGGAGGUCCGUUCUUAACCUGAAACUGUUCUUAACCUGAAUCAUCACUUCAGCUAAUGGGGCCUCCCGCUGCUGCCGCGCCACCGGAGCACGAUUUCUGUUCUCAUCCUGAAGCAAAGUUCUUAACCUGAGGUAAUAUUCUGAGUUAGUGGAGUCAGUAACCUGAAGCAUAUGUAACCCGAGGUACCGCUGUAAUGAAUUAAUUAAGUAAUGGGCCUGGCUGUUCUUUCUCCUGUGCUUCUUUCUUAGAGCUGUCGAACGCAUUGCACUUCGAAGGCAAGCAAGGGGUGACAAGUUCCUCCCUCUUUAAAUUCUUCUGCUUUGGCUGCCACUAUAUUUUCAUGGCUGUGAGAUUUUCAUGGCCCUGGGCCAAACACACAUGAAAAUCACAACACAAUCUGCCCUUUAGAACGCUACAGAUAAAGGAAAUUGUGCGUGAGGACUCCAGUACUUGAGCUUUAAAUAAAGCUGAGGGCUAAUUGACUCUUGGGACGCGGGUGGCGCUGUGGGUUAAACCACAGAGCCCAGGACUUGCUGAUCAGAAGGUCGGCGGUUCGAAUCCCUGUGAUGGGGUGAGCUCCCGUUGCUCGGUCCCAGCUCCUGCCAACCUAGCAGUUCGAAAGCAUGUCAAAGUGCAAGUAGAUAAAUGGGUACCGCUCCGGCGGGAAGGUAAACGGUGUGUCCGUGUGCUGCUCUGGUUUGCCAGAAGCGGCUUAGUCACGCUGGCCACAUGACCCGAAAGCUGUACGCCGGCUCCCUCGGCCAAUAAAGCGAGAUGAGUGCCGCAACCCCAGUCAGUCACGACUGGACCUAAUGGUCAGGGGUCACUUUACCUUUACCUUUAAUUGACUCUUACCAUCUUGUCACCAGCAUUUGUCUGCUCAACUUGAGACUGGGGGGAGCUGCUUCCAGUUAGAGGAGUCCUGGGUACUAGGCCCAAUCAACUUGGACUACAAUACUAACCAUGUCUGUCCAUUGAGUUCAGUGGGAGUUACUCCCAGGUUAGUAGGGUUAGGAUUGCAGCUGUAGUCUAGAUCCAACCCAUAGACCUCUCCCAGACCUACAGAAGGUGAGAGCCAUUGUCUCUUAAAAAAAACUAUCACUGCAAACACCUGUGUUAUAUAAGGUCUACUUUCACUCCAUUCAGGGCCCCACUCGGCUAGGAAUUUCUUUUUUUUUUUUUUAAUAUAAUUUUUAUUAACAGGCCAAUCAAAUUACAUUAAUUCCAAAUCACAUUAGUUCCAAAUUAUACAGCCAAAUUUUAAAAUUUUUUUGUUGGGGGUACCCAUACUUCAAGCUCCGAAAGGGAUCCAAACUUCACUCUUGCUGAUGCUUUAAUUACACAGUUCUAUCCAGUUCUGUCCAGAUAGUCUCUUAGUUAUUUUCCUCAUCUUCUUCUUGUUAUCAUAUAUUCCUUUCUUUGUGAUCUCUGAUAAUCUUCACAAGCGGGUUGCAAACAAACAUAUUCUGUGUGGGUUUUACACUCUCCAAGAGUCAUAUCACAUAAAAGACAGACGCCAUUUCCACACCUCCGUAAAAAACAUUCCCACAGUCAGUCCAUUGAUUUCCACAGGCUUGCCAAUCUAUAUCGGGGGACUGCCAGGUCAAGAUCACAUUCCGAUAACCAUACAUUCACAUUCCGAUGACCCUGGUCCUCCUCCCCCUCGUCCUCCUAUGGGCAAGCCUGUCUUAACGAAAGUCCAUUUGUAACUGUGUCAUAAAACUUUCUUUUCAUUCCCCGAUGUUUCCACCAGUCCUCUCUUUCAUCAGUAAUUCAUUCCCACACAGUUCUUAACUCCUGCUUGUGAUUAGUAAUUAGCAACGAUUCUUCUCUCUGGAGGGGAGGGUUAUUGGUACUCACAUAAGACAAAAUAAGAAAAGUUUUUUCCUCCCCCCCCCUUUCCGUUUCACUCCAACAUACCAGUCUUUUAAUGAUUAUUCUUCACUUGAUUUAUUUGUCCAGCCCGUCACUCCGCUCGCAGAGAUCCCAUUAAUCAGCAGUCUUUACUCCCGAUCUUCACUUGAUGUAUGUGCAUUAGCUUUUUUCCAAUUAUAUAUUUCCAAUUAUAUAUUUUGAGCUAAUGCGAACCAGUGCGCGAUUAGAGACAGCAUCAGGGAGAGCCGACCUCGCCCAAGGGCUUCGUGCCAAGUGUCCUCACCCCCUUCUUUCGAAUCCGGGGGUGAAUUAUGGACACAGCUGGCAAGGCAGUCCCCCCAUUCCCUUGGGGGGGGCAAGGGAGGCUGCAUACUCCCAUCACAGCCUCUUAAUUACCUUGUGUGGGUCGGAGAGAUGUUAUUGUCGGCCAUCUUCCAAUGCGCCCCCUGGUGGCCCCUCGGCUAGGAAUUUCUUGCAGGUGUAUUCCGUACAAUACUAGUGCGUUAGAGGUAGACAUAUUAUACUAAUCCAUACAUCAUUCUGCUUUAUUAGAUGUUCCCCGACAUUAUUGCCAUCCUGCUGGGAAAGGGCAGUCUUGCACGAUGCUACAACAAAAUAGUGUGUCAGGCGGUGGGGGGUUGGAUAAACUGGAACAUUUGUAGUAAAUAAAAAAAGAAGUUGCGGGAUUUUAGCAGGACGUUAUGGGACAUGCACCGAUUGGAAACAAAGGAUGAUGUCUGCCCUGAGAUCUUUGCAGGCACAAACUGUACAGGAAGUGGGAUUAUUCAUAACUGCUUCCGAUACCCUAAUGAGCACUAAUCAUCAUGAAUGCACGGUAAAAAGGGCAUCUGGAGUUAUCCGUAGAACUACACUAGGCUCGGCAAAAAAAUACCUUGGAAAAGGGAAUGAGGAAAAGGUCCAUGUAUUGGAGAUAGGAUCUAAAUAAUUACGUUUUGUCAUUCAAUGCAGGUCCUUAACAAAUACAGAAUGCGAAGCAAGCCCUUGGGAGUAUGCUUGAUUAUAGACUGCAUUGGCAGCGAUACAAGUAAGUGCUAGGAAAAAUUGAAUUUCUUCUUUAACUGCUGGAGUCUGCAACUCACGUAAUCUUUUAAUAGCUCAGGUUUGAUGAGAUGGGCUCAGGCUCCCAGUUUUUCUUUGCUUGUAAAACACGGUGACUGAAAGCUCAAGUUGAUAAUUAGGUACUCGGCAUCGGUAUAGGGCCCUGAAGUGGUUGAAGUUCUCUACAAACCGUAUCUUGUAGGUCUGUCACAAAAAAAGUCUUCCAGGAAGGGGAGGGGAGGCGGUCCCUAGAUUAACAGAUCACACAAAGUUUUAAUUUUCCCUAGAUUGUGUGAUAGGUUUAAAUAAUAAGAAUAAGAAUAAGAAUAAGAAUAAUAACAACUUAUACCCCGCCCAUCUGGCUGGGCUUCCCCAGCCACUCUGGGCGGCUUCCAACCAAAUAUUAAAAUACAGUAAUACAUCAAACAUUAAAAGCUUCCCUAAACAGGGCUGCCUUCAGAUGUCUUCUAAAAGUUUGGUAGUUGUUGUUCUCUUUGACAUCUGGUGGGAGGGCGUUCCACAGGGUGGGCGCCACUACCGAGAAGGCCCUCUGCCUGGUUUCCUGUAAUUUGGCUUCUCGCAGUGAGGGAACCGCCAGAAGGCCCUCAGCACUGGACUUCAGUGUCCGGGUAAAACGAUGGGGGUGGAGAUGCUCCUUCAGAUAUACUUUGCUAAGUCUUUGCUAAGACUGUGUAUAUACACUACACCUUUAAAGCACAUUCCCUGCUCCCUACAGAAUUCUGGGUACUGUAGUUUAAGAAUUGCUGGGAAUGGUAACCCUGUGAGGAGUAAACUACAGGGCCCAGAAUUCUUUGAGGCAAAGAAUGUAUUCUGAGUGUAUUUUAAAGGUAUAGCGUGUACAAAGUCUGAAAUUGCUGUUUUCCGCUUAGCACUACAUUGUAUAAACUAGUCCCUUACAAUUUGUUGCCGUUUUGUAAUAAAACAAAGCAAAAGGGAAGCAGAUGGGAGAUGAUAACUUUUGAAUCAGUAAUGCCCAGUGUUAUGUACUGAAGUUCUCACCCUGGGCCAGCAGGGGGAUACUGUAGAUAGUUUUCACUCAGGUCCUCAUAUGCAAAUAAGGGAUUGAAAGUAACAUUCAGUGAUUGGAUAGUUACAGAAAAUGGUUACUGUUGCAUUCUAGUGGAGCUCUAUAUAAGCAGGCUGGCUGAACCCUUCAGUUCAGUUCUGUUCUGGCCUGUGAAUAAACAAGAGCUGUUUGAAGAAUCGCUGUGUCGUCUGAUAUGUUCACCCACAACUUAACACUGGCGACGAGGAUGGGAUCGAUGGACAACAGAGCACUCUCUGAGCACCCUCUGAAUCACUGAGCUGAAACACUGAGUGAAAUCACUGAACAGAACCAAUUCAGAGCUGACCGUUCUGGCUAGAGCACUGUGUUCCAUCCAUCGUCUCCAUAUUGGCAUCGGAACCAUGGCUUCACUUGUGCCUUUACCGCCGUUUGCGCCAGCCUCUGAAUCAUGGGACUCCUACCUCGCUUGGUUCGACGGCUACCUCCAAGCCAACGAGCUGAUGGAAGUAUCACAGGAGCGUAAGCGGGGCCUAUUCCUCAGCCUCUGUGGGCCUGAGGUGUUCGAAAUGGCCUGAGCAUUGGUUGAGCCUGUAGCAGUCCAGGCAACACUGUGGGACACGAUUCAAGAGAAGCUCUGCAACCACUACGCGCCAAAGCCGUCCAAGAUUGCUGCCCUCCAUGCGUUCUACCACCGGAACCAGGCAGAGGGGGAGUCAAUCAACAACUACACCACCGCCCUCCGACAGGCUGCAAUGCACUGCGAGUUCCGAGACUUAGACAAUGCCCUGAUGGAUCGAAUUGUCUGCUGGGUCUGGGACAUCCGUCUGCAACGGCGUCUCCUUGCCAAGCCAGACCUCACGCUGCAGAAAGCCAUUGAGGAGGCCGUGGCCUCGGAAGCUGCUGAACACUCCACUCGGGAGAUCCGCAAGGCCAGCAGCCCACGUCUUGCUAGGAAGCCAGUUCCAGUUCGUCAUGAAGAUGCCAGCAGUGAUGAGGCAUCCUCCAGUGAACACGAUGACGUGCACCAGACAAAGCGGGAGCGCAGGAAGUUCCAACAGAAGUCCAAGGGCCAAUCGGAAUGUGCCGGCUGCGGAGGCAACCAUUUCCGUGCCAAGUAUCGAUUCAGAGAUGUCAUCUGUCGGAAGUGUUCCAGAAGGGGCCACAUCGCUAAGGUCUGCUGAUCGGCUCCGUCUGACACCCCCCCUUCACCGACUCGCAAGUCCAAGUCUUCACUCCAGUCCGCCAUGGAAAGCUGUUUCGCUCUCACCAACUGCCGCUGCCCGUCUGGAACCAUGAUUGGCCAAACUGACUCGCCUACGUGAUGCAAGCUGAACGUCACGGUGCUCAUUGAAGGAGCUCCAUGUGACAUGAAAAUCGACACCGGAUCUGCCCUUUCCAUCGUGCCUUGGAGCACCAUCAAAAGACUGGUACCCAGAGUGUCCAAAAGGCAACUCGACUCUCACCUCGUACACCUGAGAGACUACCAGGGAAACAACAUUCCCAUGGUAGGCGUUGGCCGGUUCCGGAUUGCCUUCAAGGAUUUUUUGGGCCUGCUCCGACUGGUGGUGGUCGAAGGUCAGCGGCCAAGUCGCCUAGGGCUAGACUGGUUUGAUGCCCUUGGCCUGGAAGUCCCCGGUAUCAACUGCAUCUCUAACACAGAGACUGAGGGUCUGGUCAAAGACUUUGCCAAGGUUUUUGAUGGCACUUUGGGGCAAUAUACAGGUGCGCCCAUCUCCUUUAGCCUUGAUCCACAAGUCGCCCCAUCAAGCUAAAGCCACGCCAGGUUCCCUUUGCUCUCAUGGCUAAGGUGGACGAAUAACUGGACAAGCUGAUCGCCCAAGGAGUUUUGGAGCUGGUUGACCAUGCCAAGUGGGAAACCCCCAUUGUCACGCCUGUCAAGCCGGACGGGUCGGUGAGAAUCUGCGCCGACUGCAAGCGCAUGAUCAACAAGGCACUUCAGCAGCACGCUUACCUGGUUCCUGUUGUCCAACACCUGCUGCAUUCCCUGAGUGAGGGUAAGGUCUUUGCUAAGCUGGACCUUGCCCAAGCCUAUCAACAACUGCCCAUCAAUGAUGCCACCGCUGAAGCCCAGACGAUCGUCACCCACCGAGGGGCAUUCCGUUGCCGCCGUUUGCAGUUCGGGGUGAGUGAGACUCCUGGCAUCUUCCAAGCCUUAUGGAGCUUCUCCUGCAAGGGCUUCCGGGCGUGGCGCUGUAUUUCGAUGACAUCUUGGUGUCCACAGACUCACACCAGCAGCUGUUUGAGCGCCUCCGCGCCAUGCUGACCAGGUUCCAGGAGACCAGGCUCAAGGUAAAGAGGUAGAAGUGCCAGAUCGCCGUUCCACAGGUGGAGUUCCUGGGCUGUCUUACCGACGCCUCCGGCCUUCACCUGACGACAUCCAAGAUCCGUGCUAUCCAGCAGGCCCCCAUCCCAAAGAACAAGACGGAGUUGAUAAUAAAAAUGUAUAUAAAAAAAAAAAGAACAAGACGGAGUUGCAGGCGUUCCUGGGGCUGCUGAACUUUUAUAACAUGUUCCUGCCCGACAAAGCCACGGUGGCUGAGCCACUUCACCGACGCCUCAGCACGAAGACAACUUGGUCCUGGGGUCAUCGGGAGACUGCGGCCUUCAACGCAGUCAAGGCUCUCCUUUCAUCGGACAGUGUGCUGGUACAGUACAGUGAAGCCAGGCCGCUGGUCCUUGCCUGCGACACCUCACCUUUUGGCAUCAGCGCUGUCCUUAGUCACCGUUUUCCAGACGGAAGAGAAGCACCGCUUGCCUACUUUUCCAGGACGCUAUCUCCGACUGAACAGAAUUACAGCCAGCUCGACAAGGAGGCACUGUCACUUGUAGCUGGAAUGAAGAGGUUCCAUGAAUACCUCUAUGGCAGGACUUUUGACCUCAUCACCGACCACAAGCCACUCCUGGGCCUCCUUGCCAGUGAUUGACCAACUCCACCGGUCCUCUCGCCGUGCAUGCUGCAAUGGACUGUUUUCCUGGCUGCCUACCACUACCCGGGGAAAUCGAUGGGCCAUGCCGACGCCCUCAGCCGUUGCCCUCUUCCAGCGUUUGUGGAAGACCCUGCUCCUGCUUCAUCGCUCCUCCUGAUUGAGGAUCUUCCGGCAGCGCCUGUAUCGGCUGCCACUGUGGCCUCCGCAUCUGCCCAGGAUCGCACCAUCAGCCAUGUUCUCAACUGGGUGUGGAGGGGGUGGCCACAAGGGCCUUUUGCAUCGGAGUUCCAGCCGUUCGCAACCAGACAACACGAACUCUCGGCUCAUCGCGGCUGUCUGCUGUGGGGAGACCGUGUCGUGAUUCCCCAAAGACUCCGUCAACGCGUCCUUGAGGCUCUGCACUUUGGCCACCCGGGAAUUGUCAAAAUGAAGGCGUUGGCUCGGUGUUAUGUCUGGUGGCCUAACAUGGACGAUGCCAUCACUGCCUGGGUUUCCGCCUGUCAAGCGUGCCGAGAAUCUAGGCCUGCGCCACCAGCAGCUAAGGGACAUACCUGGGAGACGCCCAAGACACCCUGGUCGAGGGUGCAUAUCGAUCUGGCCGGCUCCUUUCACAGCCGGACCUUUAUGGUAGUGGUGGACGCCUAUUCCAAAUGGCUGUAGGUGGCCCUGAUGCCCUCCACCACUACCAAGGCCGUCAUCCGGGUGCUGCGAGGCCUCUUUGUGACGCAUGGGUGUCCUGAUGUCGUCAUCUCCGACAACGGACCGCAGUUCACCUCAGGCACUUUUGAGCGGUACCUUUUGGGACUGGGCAUCCGCCAUGCCCUAACAGCACCAUUUCAUCCAUCCAGCAAGGGGCAAGCGGAAAGAAUGGUGCGCUUGGCAAAAGAGACACUGGUGCGCCUGGAUGAGGGAGACUGGCACGGGCGGGUCGCCAAAUACUUGUUCGUGCCACACAUCACCCCUCAUGCAGCCACAGGGCGGAGUCCUGCCGAACUGCUUAUGGGCCGCUGCCUCAGAUCUCCGCUCGACUGGCUGCACCUGGACUUUGCCGUGGCCGAACCCCCGGGCUGUGCCAACGCGCCUCGGUCCUUUGUUCCAGGAAAUCAGCUCUUUGCCCGGAACUUUGUGGGGGACAUUCCUUGGGUGCCAGCCACAGUAGUUGGAGUCACUGGACCUCGCUCGUACCAGGUGGCACUUGAAGAUGGACGUUUGUGGCGCCGGCACAUAGACCAGCUUAGGCGCAGGGUUGGGGACUUGGACACUACCGCAGUGCCCCCAACUGCGCUCGUGGCUCCGGAACAGACACUUACACAUGGCGAGGCUCCACCUACACCUCUCUCACAAACUGCAGGCGUGGAGCCAAACCAAGCCGCUUCAGAGGGUCUGCCGGACUUCCCACAGACUCAGGCCACUGCCGUGCCUGACAUUCCGCCAACUCCACUUGCGGAUGUUCCACCCACAGCAGCGGAUCCAGGGGACUUGGUUUCAACGCCACCUAGGGUCGCACCACAGCCUCAGCAAGAAUAGGAAGGCCCCCCGGACCUGGGUACCGUUCCCCGGUGGUCUGGCUGAGUUUCCAAGCGCCCAACUUAUUUAAAGGACUAUGUUGUUGGACAUGUAAUACUGGCAGUCUAAUGGAAGUACAGUGGUGCCCCGCAAGACGAAUGCCUCGCAAGACGGAAAACUCGCUAGACGAAAGAGUUUUCCGUUUUGGAGGUGCUUCGCAAAACGAAUCUCCUAUGGGCUUGCUUCGCAAGACGAAAAUGUCUUGCGAGUUCCUGCAGGGUUUUUUCCCUUCCCCCCCUUUUUCUAAGCCGCUAAGCCGCUUAUCCGAUAAGCCGCUAAAAGCCGCUAAUAGCGCUAAUCCGCUAAUCCGUCAAUGGGCUUGCUUCGCAAGACGAAAAAACCGCUAGACGAAGAGACUCACAGAACGGAUUCUUUUCGUCUUGCGAGGCACCACUGUAGGUGAAAUGUAACCGAUAUGCUUUUGUGCCUAAUUGAACCAUUACGUGUAGUGCUGUAUAUAAGGAAACCAUUACGAUUGUAACUAACGCCUUAUCUCGGUGGGGAGGGGUGUUACGUACUGAAGUUCUCACCCUGGGCUAGCAGGGGGAUACUGUAGAUAGUUUUCACUCAGGUCCACAUAUGCAAAUAAGGGAUUGAAAGUGACGUUCAGUGAUUGGAUAGUUACAGAAAAUGGUUACUGUUGCGUUCUAGUGGAGCUCUAUAUAAGCAGGCUGGCUGAACCCUUCAGUUCAGUUCUGUUCUGGCCUGUGAAUAAACAAGAGCUGUUUGAAGAAUCGCUGUGUCUUCUGAUAUGUUCAACCACAACUUAACACUCAGAACAAUCCAAAUAAGACAAUAUGGAUGCUAUAUGUUUAAAAAGAAAUGGAAAAAGUACAGUCAAGAUAGCAUGCAGUUGGGGAGGCAUAAUCAAAGGCAUAAUCUGUAGGUUCCUGCAACACUCAUUCCACUCAGUAGUAAAAGGGCAGCCCUCCAUCUUUCCCAACAUCAGGGUCUUUUCCAGGGAGUCUUCUCUUCUCAUGAGGUGGCCAAAGUAUUGGAGUCUCAGCUUCAGGAUCUGUCCUUCCAGUGAGCACUCAGGGCUGAUUUCUUUCAGAAUGGAGAAGUUUGAUCUUCUUGCAGUCCAUGGGACUCUCAAGAGUCUCAUUUCAGAUUGCAGGGGCGGCUUCAUUUUUAAUUUUCUCCUAUUCAACAAAAUCUCCUUGCCAAUAAACAGCAGGAACAAGCUAGCAAUUGUAAGAUUCUCGCUUGGCCCACUCCCUAAUGUGCUAUUUCUCUGCCCACUGGGAUUUUGGUUUUGGUUUUUUAAUCUAUGAGGAGGUUCAGAAGUGGUAUCUUCCUCCUCAUUCUUAAUGCAUGCAUGUAGGCCAGGCAAGAUCCUUUAUCUGAUCAUUGCUGAAAUCUGCAAGGUGCUGAAUGGGCUUCUGGGAUCUGAUCAGAGCUUGGCUUGGUGCCAAUUGUUUGCAGAAUCUGUCUUCCCUUCUCUGAAAGAUUGUGGAUUUCCUAUUGUGGAAGUAUUCAGCCAGAAUCGAGCUCAAAGUGGUAGGGUAUGAGAAAAAUUGUGAAAUCAGAUCUGCUUACAAACCUGGAUAGGAAACUCAUCUUAGAUAAGUUUACCUGAACUCUCUGAAGGGGAUCAAUUGCUCCUUCACACCUCUAAUCCCCCUCUGCUGUACUCACAAUUGGGUCCAUUAAUGAAUUUUUGGAGUGGAUCUAACCAGGUUUAGGAAUACAUUCUCAUGAGAAAAAGCAAAGGUGCCUAAUUCAUGCCUGCAAAACAGUAUUUCACCUUAGUUUUUUAGUUUGAAAUAAUCUAUUCUCAUUAUAAAACUAUUGUCUAUUCUGUCCAUAACCAUAUUUUUCUACAAGCUUUAAAGCAUUUUUGUGUGUUGCUUCCCCCCUAUGAAACUGCACAAAAAUAUAUAUUUUUGUUUCCUUUUGAUUUUUUUUUAUGUGAUUGCAACAUUUUUUAAAAGAGAUACCCAGUCUAACCCUUACAUGCCCCUGCUUCACUUCCAGCCAUUUUUUUUGGGGGGGGGGGAUUCCCCACGCGUCUCUUACAUAAGCAAAAAUAAAAAUCUCUUGAGGGCUUGAUGCAUGCUACUGGAACACACAAGUGGCUAAAAAUAGCACAAAUGAGUGCAGUCAAGGCUUUUUUGUGCCUGCGGGGGGGGGGGGAUGAGAACAGAGGAAGAAAAGGAACAGUAACCUUUUCUCUCCUGUUUCUCAUCAGCAACCAUCUCGGGAGACGAGGCAGUUUUAUGCACAGCUUAACACGUCUCGCCAAAAUUAAAUGUAUGCAGGUUAAUUAUUGUAAGGAUGCGGUAGAACUACAGCCAAGAUCUCUGUAUCUGGAUAGGUGGGAGACAACUAGAAUUACUGGGCAAGAAGGUAUAAGCAAAAAUGAAGGAACCUGUGGUCGCUCUCCCCCCAGCUCCCAAUAUCCCUGACCAUUGGCCAUGCUGGCUGGGGCUGAUGGGAGUCGGAGUCCAGCAACACCUAGCUCAGUCAGUGGAGCAAGAGGCUCUUAAACUUGGGUUGUGGGUUCGAGCCCCACACUGGGUGAAAUAUUUUUGCAUUCCUAGGGAUUGGACCAGAUGAUCCCCGCGGUCUCUUCCAAUUCUGCAGUUCAAUGGAAAGGAAAUCUGGAGGGCCUCAAGUUCCUUACCUCUGGUCCGAGCUAACUUUUCUCUGAAGGAUAAUUAAUAAUAACAAUAAUAAUAAUAAUAAUAAUAAUAAUAAUAAUUUAUUAUUUAUACCCUCCCCCCUUCUGGCUGGGUUUCCCCAGCCACUCUGGGCGGCUUCCAACAAAAUAUUAAAAUACAGUAGCCUGUUAAACAUUAAAAACUACCCAAAACAGGGCUGCCUUCAGAUGUCUUCUAAAAGUCUGGUAGUUGUUUUUCUCUUUGAUAUCUGGUGGGAGGGUAUUCCACAGGGUGGGUGCCACUACUGAGAAGGCCCUCUGCCUGGUUCCCUGUAACUUUGCUUCUCACAGCGAGGGAACCACCAGAAGGCCCUCAGCGCUGGACCUCAGUGUCCAGGCAGAACGAUGGGGGUGGAGACGCUCCUUCAGGUAUACUGGACCGAGGCCAUUUAGGGCUUUAAAGGUCAGCACCAACACUUUGAAUUGUGCUCGGAAACGUACUGGGAGCCAAUGUAGGUCUUUCAAGACCGGUGUUAUAUGGUCUCAGCGGCCGCUUCCAGUCACCAGUCUAGCUGCCGCAUUCUGGAUUAGUUGUAGUUUCCGGGUCACCUUCAAAGGUAGCCCCACAUAGAGCGCAUUGCAGGAUAACCUUCCAUUCAGAACAGGAAACAUGCAGCUAGUCCAGUCCUGCCUACUUUGGCAGUCGCUCUUUGGGGUAUGAAUUCUUUCUCUCCAUCUCCUGUUCCCUGAUCCUUUUUGAAUAAGUAACCCGGGAACCUCCUGGAACUGAACAGAGAUGGGUGCUUUAAGCAUUGGAGACAAAGCGAAACGAGAGCAUUCACUAAAACGUAACUUUAGAUCUGAAAGUGAAAGUUGCCAUUCCUGAACCUGAGCCGAGAUAGUUAAGGACCAAUAGGGGCCUCCAGCAAAAUGUUGGAAGUGUGGAUUGCUGCCAGCCAACCAGCCAUACCCUUAUCUUCAAUACUCCAUUCCAUCCCUACUCUUUCGUAUAUUUUAAAAUUGUAUUUUUCUUUCCUCCGACCGUCUUCCUUGGCCCCUGAAAACGCUCUGUUCUCAUUGGACUUUUCUGCCCCAUCCAUUUCUGUGGCUUUUGUGGAUGCAUGGUUCUGGCUGUAUAGCCAAAAGCGCUCGUGCCUGAACAUCACUACAAAAGGGGAUGAUAGAUCUUGCUGGCGAUGCUUGCCCUUUGUAAGACUCGCUUCUCAUGGGCCUGACCCUGAUGUGAGGCGUGCCUUUAAGAGGGUCAAACCCCAGAAUUAGGCCAAGACUGGAAAAUGUUGGCACCCCAAGCCCUGUUGAAGUUGCAAGAGGACAUGAGCCCACAGUUAAUUACAGUCGUACCCUGGUUGCCGAACACCUUGGAACUCGUACGUUUCGGCUCUUGAACGAUGGAAAACCAGAAGUGAGUGUCACGGUUUUCGAACACUCCUGCAGCUAAUCAGAAGCUGCGCCUUGGUUUUCAAACAGUUUCAGGAGUCGAACAGACUCCUGGAACGCAUUCUGUUCGAGAACCAGGGUACAACUGUACUUUGACAUAGCAAUUUUAUGUAUGUUUGCUCAGGAGUAAGUUGCACUGUGUUGAGUGAGGCCUAUUCCCGGGUAGCUGUGCCCAGGGCCACAACCUAUAACGAUGUACUCCUAUGCAUCCAUACCUGUGAGUCCUGUUGCAUUCCUGCAUAACAUAGGGUUUCAUAUUGUAUUUAAGCUCUUCGGAAUCCUAACCAGGUGCAAAAAUAAAUUGCUGGUCAUUCAUAUGUGGAAAACAAAGUCAACGGCAGUCAAAAUUUAUUCACCAUGUAUGGAAUAGAAUAAAUUAUCAACUACUCCCUGACAUUAAGUGUCCCAUGCGCCUCUACUGCUCCUUCUCUUAAGAACUAGUUUGGCAAAACAGUUCCAGGAAAAGCAGGGUGUUUUUUGAAUAUCAAACAAUGUUUGGGGAUCUCCCCCCACCACCACCCGCGCAAAAAAAAAAAUCAUGUUGGGUUGGGGAUUUUUUGUGCGAAGGUUGCCUGUUUUUUAAUAUUUAUAUUCCCCGUUUAGGGAAGUUUUUAAUAUUUAAUGCCGUAUUGAUUUUAACACUCGGUUGGAAGCCACCCAGAGUGGCUGGGGAAACUUAGCCAGAUGGGCGGGGUAUAAAUAAUAAAUUAUUAUUAUUAAUUAUUAUUAUAUUGGAUGAAGUUUCUACGCCCGUCUUGCUUCCUGCUGAUAAUCCUCUGGAGUAAAAUUGUUCCGUGGAAAUUUUCAUGACAGGUUAUUUAAAAGUUAGACGGGAAUAUGUGGUGUGCUUUAGAUCCUACCCUCCACCCCCCGCACACACAAACACAUACCAGAGUAAACUGUGAAUUAGGGAGAGGUAUAAAGAUGCAAUCCUGCCCUCUGAUGGCUAGACUGUAUAUUAGUGUUUAUGAAGGAAUGAAUCGAAUCACUUCCUCUAAAACAGCUUAGGGAGGUCUGAGCAUGCUCAGUAGUUGUAGAAAGGUGGCCGUUUGCUUGCUGAGUGAAAAAGAAGAAAAUGGAAGAGGGUAGUGGAAUGAAUGAUUUCCUUUGGGGGAGGGCAUGGUUGGUGGAAUCCCUGAACUCAUGGCUCAGGGCUUUUAAAGGGUAUUUAAGUAUACCUUCCCCAAGAAACCAGAGGCCUUUCUCCUGGGCAUAGUGGGCCAAAUGGUGUUAAAAAAGGAUAGAACUUUCUUUAUGUAUGCAACAACAGCAGCAAGAAUACUCAUCGCAAAGUAUUGGAAGACACAAGAACUUCCCACGCUGGAGGAAUGGCAGAUGAAACUUAUGGACUAUAUGGAAUUGGCGGAAAUGACUGGCAGAAUCCGUGACCAGGGAGAAGAGUCGAUGGAGGAAGACUGGAAGAAAUUCAAAGACUAUCUUCAGAAACACUGCAAAAUUAAGGAAUGUUAGAGUGAUGUUGGAUUGAAAAUAAGUGGUUUCCAGCUGUACAGGUUAAAGUUAAGGAUAGAUUAAGAUUAAAGAUCAAGAUUAAAGAUGUUUAAAGAAAUGGAAAUUUGAUAAUAAAAGGGAAAAAUUUAAAGGUAUAUGACAUUAAGAACAAGGAUUAUGUUUAAAAAGUUGAAGCUAUAUAUUUUAAUAUUUUAUUAAAUUAAAGAUUGGGUUUAAAAAAGUGGAAAAGAAACUGCUGGACAAAUAAUGUAGAUUGGAAUACAAAAGAGGGAGGUAUGAGGAAGUCCAGAAAAUAAGUAAUCUAAAAUUGGGAAUGGAAAAGAGAGUUUGUUUUUAAUUGUUAUGUUUUGUGUUUUUAUUGUUAAAUUUUGUAUUGUUUUUCUGUGUGUGUUGUUUUUUCUUUUUUUUCUUUGUUUAAAACUUUAAUAAAAAUUAUUAAAAAAAAUAAAAUAAAGGUAAAUAUCAGCACCUUAAAUUGGGCCUGGAAAUACAUAGGCCGCCUGUGUAGUUAUGUAAAGUCUCCAUAAUUUGCUCAGAUCUUUUAGCAGCAGUGUUCUGGCAGUCCUAUGCUGUAUCUGUUGCUGUUUCCAAAUCGCCUUCAAAGGCUACCUGACGUAGAAAGCGUUGGUGUAAUCCCACUUGGAUGCAGCUAAGCCAGGUGUGGGGAAUCUUGGUCCCAUCCGGCAGCGCUGUCAGGGAUGGAGUUCUGCAUCCCUACCUGCCCGCGGACUGUCUCGCCAGAGUGGUGCAUGCUCUAGUUAUCUCUCGCUUGGACUACUGCAAUGCGCUCUGCGUGGGGCUACCUUUGAAGGUGACCCGGAAACUACAACUAAUCCAGAAUGCAGCAGCUAGACUGGUGACUGGGAGCGGCCGCCGAGACCAUAUAACACUGGUCUUGAAAGACCUACAUUGGCUCCCAGUAUGUUUCCGAGCACAAUUCAAAGUGUUGGUGCUGACCUUUAAAGCCCUAAACGGCCUUGGUCCAGUAUACCUGAAGGAGCGUCUCCACCUCCAUUGUUCUGCCCGGACGCUGAGGUCCAGCGCCGAGGGCCUUCUGGUGGUUCCCUCACUGUGAGAAGCCAAGUUACGGGGAACCAGGCAGAGGGCCUUCCCAGUAGUGGCGCCCGCCUUUGACAUCCCACCAGAUGUCAAAGAGAAGAAUAACUACCAAACUUUUAGAAGACAUCUGAAGGCAGCCCUGUUUAGGGAAGCUUUUAAUGUUUAAUAGGUUAUUGUAUUUUAGUGUUUUGUUGGAAGCAUCCCAGAGUGGCUGGGGAAACCCAGCCAGAUGGGUGGGGUAUAAAUAAAUUAUUAUCAUCAUCAUCAUCAUCCCUGGACUAAGGCAUGUGCUGCUGAGGCCAGAUUUGAUUUCUCCAGGUGUGACUGAAGCUUCUAGAAGCAGCUGUUGGACGUUGUCUCUCAUAUCACUAGAACUCAGGAUGUUGGACUACAUGGGACUUGGGCCUGAUCCGGCAGGGCUCUUCUUAUAUUAAGAUUCAAGGAGCACCCACUAGACUAUGUACUUGGUCUUCCAUGGGGAGUUCAGGUUGUAUGCCUGCAGCCAGGUAAUGAGAAGGCAGCCCUGUUCAGGGAAGUUUGUAAUGUGUGACAUUUUAGUGUAUUUUUUGUCUUUGUUGGAAGCCGCCCAGAGUGGCUGGGGAAACUCAGCCAGAUGGCGGGGUACAAAUAAUAAAUUAUUAUUAUUAUUAUUAUUAUUAUUAUUAUUAUUCCAAGUGGCAGAUUGAAGUGCUUGCUUGGCGAUGUAUCUAUGACUUGCUGUUUAGAAUAAAAUCUUUAAAAAUCUUCUCACUCACUUGUGCAUUGUAUUGCCUCUGAAUCUCAUUAUAAAAGAACCACCUUGCAUUUGGCAAGACCUUUCCAUAAUUUCUUUUUCCGGGCGUUUUUCUUUCUCCAGAUAUGCUGGCAGAAGCCUUCCAAGCGCUGUCCUUCGAAGUCCACUGUUGCCUCUUCCCGAGUGUGGAGUCCUUGGUGCGCGAGCUGUUCGAGGUCGCGAGGCUGAAGCAACACAAGGACUAUGACUGCUUCGUUUGCGUCCUCAUCAGUCGAGGGAACGAGCAAGGCAUCUUCUGCACAGACCAGGGUGCUCCUGCGUUCUCCCUGGAGAGGUUGAAGAAUUUCUUUACUGGCGAUGCGUGCGUUUAUCUCUCGGGGAAACCCAAGCUGUUCUUCGUCCAGAACUAUGUUGAGCGCGGAAGCAGGCAGGAAAAUACCAGCUUAAUAGAGACAGACGGAGAUCUGUGUACCAUUCCGCAAGGAGCAGACAUUCUCUGGAGCCAAUGUAUGCUGGAUGCAGCAUACCUGGAGGGAUCGCAGAGUACAUCCUCUUACUACCUGUCUGCUCUAGCUGACCUCCUGACUGAGCCACACAAAAGGUAGAAAGUUGGAGGGGGGAAAGGCUUUUUUCUCAACGUGAACAACAGCAAAGUAGCAAUUCCACUUUUCCUAUGGGUGGUUCCUGUGUUGCAUUUUUGUAUGAGUGCAGAAAAGGAUGGAAAUAUGGGAAUGGUUGCAGAACAUACCGUAUUUUUCACUCCAAAGGACGCACCAGAACGUAAGGCGCACCUAGUUUUGGGAGGAGGAAAAGAAGAAAAAAUUAUUCUGAAUCCCAGAAGCCAGAACAGCAAGAGGGAUCUGGCUUCUGGGAUACCGUGUGGCUGUUCUGGCUUCUGGGAUAACCGCGCCAAGCCUCUUCAGGGCAGCGGGAUGAAGGCUCCCCCUGCCAGAAGAGGCUGCGCAGGGCUAAGGCAGAAGCCAGGACGGCGCGUCGCUGAAGGGGCGCUGCGCAGUUCUCCUUCUCUGAGAGGGAGAACUGCACAGUGCCCCUUCUGAAAAGCUGGAGAAGGAACAGAAGGAGUCCCUUCUGUUCCUCCUCCAGCUUCCGGAACAGGCGCGUCACUGAAGGGGCUCUGUGCAGUUCUCUCUCUCUGCGCAGCGCCUCUCCUUCACGGGAGAGGCGCUAUGCAGAGACGGAGAAGGCGCAGCGCCCCUUCAGCGAAGCUGGAGAAGGAACAGAAGGAGACCCUUCUGUUCCUCCUCCGGCUUCGCAGGACAGGCGCUGCACAGAGAGGGAGAGCUGCGCAGCGCCCUUCAGCAAAGCGGGAGGAGGAACAGAAGGGUCUCCGUUCCUCCUCCCGCUUCGCUGAAGGGGCGCUGCGCAGCUCUACCUCUCUGCGCAGCGCCAUUCGCACUCACAUUUCCCCUUACUUUUUAGGAGGAAAAAAGUGUGUCUAAUGGAGCGAAAAAUACGGUAACCCUCUGAGAAACUGCUUUCACUAUAUAUAUAUAUAUAUAUAUAUAUAUAUAUAUAUAUAUAUAUAUAUAAUUUUAUUUAGUUUUUCAGAUUUUAGAAAUUUACAAUCGAUUAUCCAACAACCAACAUAAAAAGAGAAUUUCAAAGUAUCUCCUGAACUUCCCUCCUCCCCUUUGUGGGUCCUUGUAUUAACCCUUUCCUCCUGCAUCUUUUCUAUUAAUCCAAAUCUUUUAAAUUAUUAUUACUGUUAUUAAUUUCAUUUCUAUACCGCCUUAUAUUUUUAAGAAAAAUCUCAAAGCGGUUUACAGCAUAUUAAACAUCAGUAAAAACAAUCCAGGAUCAAAUAUUUCUGAAGAAAGUCCAAUAUAAAGUAUACAGUCAAAGCAACAUAAUGAACAGGAAACUAAAAUAUUAUCUGAAAGGUUUCAAAAUAAAACAUUACAAAGGAGGUCAACUACAGAAUACCUAUUUAACACAAACAAAGUUAACAAAAAAAAAGAAUCUUAAACAUUUCGAAAGAAAACAUUGCUAAGUGAAGUCAAAUAUAAAAUGCACAUUUAAAACAGCAUAGUGCAUACCCAAAAUUCAACACUGAACUACAAGUGUUAUUCCAAUCCUGCUAGUGGUUUUAAUUGUUUACAAUGGUUUUUAAGGUAAAUUAUGUAUUUUCCCCAUUCCUUAUUAAAAUUUUGGUCUUCCUGAUUUCUGAUUCUUCCAGUCAUUUUUACCCAUUUGGCACAGUCCAUCAACUUAAUUUGCCAUUCUUUGCUGUCUUCUUUCCAUCUCUGGGCAAGUAAAAUCCGAGUGGCUGUUGUCGCAUACAUACCGGUAAAUAGUCUUUUCUGAUCCGUUGGAAUUUCGGCACCUAAGGAACUGCUUUCACUUAAAAAGCCAAGGUUCUAGCCCAGGGGUCAGCAAACUUUUUUAGCAGGGGGCCGGACUAUAUUUUUUUAAAAAAAGAACCCAAUUCCUAUGCCCCACAAAUAACCCAGAGAUGCAUUUUAAAUAAAAGGACACAUUUUAUUCAUGUAAAAACAUGCUGAUUCCUGGACCAUCCGUGGGCCGGAUUUAGAAGGCGAUUGGGCCGGAUCCAGCCCCCGGGCCUUAGUUUGCUUACCCAUGUUCUAGCCGUUAUAGCACUGGAGAGAGGAACCAGGAGCAUUGUAAAGGGGUGGUCUAAAGGAGCUUUGAGCUCCUGCCUCCCUUCCUCAUUUUUAAAAACAAUCUCCUUUUCUUUCCUCCCCCUCCCCCCGCCCUUUUGCUUUGCUUAUGGAGCAUAUUGCAAAGCACACCAUCUUAAAUUGUGAUACGCUCCACUAUGUCCGGUGCCAAAAUAUUACGGCAAAGUCAAGAGUUGGAAAUUACUUUUUACAGAUUGCUAUGUGGCUAUUGACAACUGUCACUCUUUUCCUCCCCCUUCUUCCCUUACAGGAAGUUGCAUCUGUUGGAUAUCCUGGUGGAGCUGAACAACAGAGUUUAUUCGCGGAACAGGACUCACCCUACGGAACAGUAUUUUGUCAUGUUGAAGCAUACCCUAAGGAAAAAGCUUUUCCUCUCUGACACCUAA